UGGCUUCCCCUCCUAAUGCCUUAAUCCGCCCCUGAUCCGCGGCGCCCCUGGGGCUGGUCCCACUGACCUUGCAGGCACUGGGACCUGGUGGGCACCCUGCAGCAAGAGCUGCCACCACCACCCACCCACCAUGGCCUCCUUCUUCACGGCUGCCCUGAAGAGCUUCCAGAGGGGCAAGGACGAGUCACCCAAGGGGGCCCCCAAGGAUGACAAGGCAGCUGCGCUGCCCAACGGUGUGGCUCGCGAGGAGUUUGAGGAGUACCAGCGGCAGCUGCUGGAGGAGAAGAUCGAGAGGGACAAGGUGUUUGCACAGAGGAAGGCAGAACGGGCCACGGUGCGGAUGCACCUGCGGGACAAGUACCACCUGGCCCAGGACGAGCGGGACGGCGCCCAGGUGCGCGUGGCCGGAGGUGCGGUGGAGCUGCCACAGGACCUGGCAGCCAUGGUGCACAGCGAGGAGGAGGAGGAGGAGGAGGAUGGCAGCGCCGGGGCCUUUGCCUUCCUGGCGAAGCUGCGGGAGGUGGAGCUGCCGGCGCUGCGGGGCCGAGCGCUGGGCGGAGCGGAGCAGGUGAAGGAAAGGUGCGCCCUGAUGUAGCUCCGUGCCUGCCCCGGGGGCACCGGCAGCUCCUGCCCCGGGAGCCACGGAGUGCAGAGGCUCUGGGUGUCUUUGCUCGGAGUGCGGGUCCCAAUACACAUAUUAAGUGUGGAUUUUCUUCCCGAAAACCAUUCCCAUUAGCUUUCCCAGCGUGUGCAGCCGUUAUGGUCAGUUCCCUCGGUGUGCCCCUGGUGUGAGCCCCCGUAUGGGGCCUUGACUGUUACCCCCCCUCACCAGCCCUGGCACCGGGCUCCAUUCGGCCCAAUAAAUACAGCA